AUCCAAAACCUCUUCAGGAAAAGAAUCCUGUCCCUAGAAACCCCAAUAUAGAGAACGAACAGCCUGAGAAUACAGAGAACCGUCUUCAGAUGGCCUGUGAGGCCUUCGGCGAUGGGACACUACCUCAACUGCAAAAAGCUGUCUACAAGGUGCAAGAAGUUGAACUAUGGAUUGUUUACAAAAAAGCUUUCUCCUCAUGUGCCUGCUAUGCUGUGUGUGACAAUGUAUUCUGCUCUAUUCUCAGCUGGAGACCAAGUUCCGAGAUAACUCUAACAAAACGUUGACAGGCAGAAAAGAGCCCUUCAGAGGAGUGGUGGAGUUUUCCAGCACCAACCUCCUAGAGUCACUCAGGCACUGUGUGUCCUCAGGCAUGGCGUCAACUCCAGUCACCCCUCUGCUCUCAUCCAUCACACAGAAAGGGAGAAACUAUUUUGUUAUCACAGACAAAGGAGUUUAAAUCAAAUUUAACUAUAAGAACUACCAGAACAAGUCGUGUAUAUUUUGUAUUGAAUGUGUUAACAUUUUAUGGAGUUUAACAUACAUUUUUUAGAACACCUUGUUUACCCAUUCACUCUGUCCUUCACCCAGGUGUUAAGAAUAAGAAUCAUCUUGUAUUGUUUCUCAAUUAAUAUACUACAAUCUGUACUCUAAUAAAUGUUAUUGUAUGGAUGUUUUACUUUGUGUUACAUUUUUGCACAUGUAAUAUGUCAUUAGACUUUAGCUACAAUAUUGUCACUUGCCAGCCCUCUGAUGUUGCCAGGACGCUUGUGUGGGAGUGGCUGUCUGUUGCUAAGAAAGGUCUCCCGGAAGUGGCCGCGUCCUCGUAUUUUCCAGACCAUAUUUUCCUGGCUUGUUUGCAGCAGCGCGUCUGCUGCUUGACGAGCAGUUGGUUUGGUGACUUGUCAACAGAAACAUGGCUGCCUCUGCGUCCGGGAAAGCAUACCGAAACGAUAACGCUUCCACGGGCAGUCAAAAAUGCACGGAAGAGCCCCCUGCACCGACGCGGGAGAUAAUCAAACCGUCUAUCAUGGAGCUCACCAAAGAAGUGCGGACCAAUAUCCUAUGCACCGUAGAAGGAUGUGGCAAGAUUCUACCGAACACGCCAGCCCUGAACAUGCAUCUCGUGAAGUCCCACAGAGUAAAGGACGGCCUUGUCAACCCCACCAUCAGGAAGGACAUGAAGGGCUCCCAGAAGCUCUACUGUUGUCCCAUAGAGGGCUGUCCACGAGGCCCCAACAGACCCUUCUCCCAGUUUUCCCUGGUUAAACAGCACUUUAUGAAAAUGCAUGCAGAGAAGAAGCACAAGUGUUCCAAGUGCAACAACGGCUACAGCACAGAGUGGGACCUGAGGCGCCACAUAGAGGACUGUGGGAGGACCUACUGCUGCACGUGUGGCUGCCCCUACGCCAGCAGAGCAGCGCUACUGUCACAUAUCUACAGGACCGGCCACGAGGUCCCCACAGAACACCGGUAUCCACCAGUGAAAAAGCGGAAGAUGGAGAGACAGAUAAGUGGAGAGGAAAAAGUCAAGCCCAGUGAAUUCAUGUGUCAGAUCAUAAAAACAGACAGAGAACUUUCAGAGGACUCCCUCCCUUCAGACAGGGUCUGCCACAACAACCCCCCUAAACACCUCCAGAAACUCCUCCUACCCAAGCCCAAAGUGGCUCUGGUGAAUUUCCCUGUGAUGCAGUUGGCCCAUCUCCCUGUCCUCCUCCCCUCCACAGAGAGCGGGGUUCUGAGGUCUGUGGUGCUGGCUGUGGACAGCCAGGGCUCCUUCAGCACCCUCCACCUCAUGCCCCAGUCCAUGGGGGCCAUGGUGCCUCACCUGGACCCUAAGACCCUGGGCUUCAGGGGCAGCACGCCUGCCUCCCGCUCCAGUCUGGGGCCUGUCAGCAUGGGGGUGCAGGUAAGUCUGGAGUCAUUGGGCUCUGGCGAUGACCUAGGAGGGACCAGGGGGAGCAAUACCUCCACCAACAUCCAGACAGACAUCUCAUACUUGUCCAGGAUGCCUAUGGGGGUCGGGGUGGGGACGGAGAUGUGCCCCGUUGGUGAGUCGUCGGUCUCCUCGUGUUCUCAGACAGAUAUUAGUGUGAGUGCUCAGGUCCUGCUGCCGGUCAGUGUAGAGACCCAGACGUUCCCCUCGAAGGCCAAAGCCACCACCACCAUCGGGGCGCAGACAGAUACCCACACCCUCAACCAGCUGCCCUGCCCCUAUUCCUCCCCAUCCCAGUCCCCCUACAUUACCAAGCAGACCCAGACCAGACUCGCCCUGGCUGGGUCAGAAGAGAGGGCUCAGAUGGACCAGGCCAUCAUGUGCUCAGACCUCUUCGACAGUUACUCCCUCAGUGUCUCAACACAGACGGCACUGACAGACGGAAGCUUCAGAACCCACGGUGUAGACGACCCCCUCUCCGGUGUCGGUAACGGUCUCUAUGACAACGACAAGUCAGCAGGAGGCAUGUGUUUUGGCGUGCAGACAGACGAUCUCCAGUCGGGCAGCGUGGCGGACAACCAAACCCAGACCACCUUGGCUCUGUUCAACGACUUGGAGAAUAUCUUUUCAGGUCACUCUCUGUCCGGUCACCAGACGCAGAUGGAUUCUUCAACAGGCUGUGGGUCAGGUCUGGGCUCUGUUCAGGAACAGCACACGGGCAUCGACUUUGACUUUGAGGAAUUCCUGAACGCGGCCCACAUCCAGACCCAGACGGAGGAGAGCGAGCUGAGCGGUCUGGGGGCCGACACACCCCUGGAGGUCCUGGAUAUCCAAACCCAGACAGACUUCCUCCUCCUGGAGGGCCUGGGAAACAGUGAGGGGCCGGGCCGGAGCCAGGCCAGCGACCUGGAACUGGAGAUGUUUGACACCCAGACCCAGACGGACCUCAACUUCCUGCUGAAAGCCGGAGGCCACAUGCCACUGGGCGACAUUCUGCGACAGUCCAGCUUCUCCAUGAGCACAGACUCCUCUGACACUGAGACACAGACCGACCUCCACCGACCGCUGACACCAACACCAAACUCCAACACCCUUCCCUCUGUGUCCCAGGGUGACCAGGCCAGGCUCUUGAGCAGCACGGAGACUCAGACGGUGACCGACGCAUCUUCUGAGGGCCUCGGAAACCUCUUCCUGACCAGCAACGAGACCCAGACAGUCAUGGACGACUUCCUGUCAGCUGACAUGGCCUGGAACAUGGAGUCCCACUUCAGCUCGGUGGAAACGCAAACGUGUGAGGAGUUGUUUGCUCUUUCAGCACUCUGAGAAGCCCAUCAGCUGACCCCCCCCCCCCCCCACACACACACACACACACACAGGGCUACCACCUCAGCCCACACAAUAUGUUUCUGGUUUCCGUCAAGGAGGUCCUGGGAUCCAACUCAUCAUCCUCUACAGUCUAUGUCCCUCUACUACUGGAGGUUUAGGUGUAGAAGUGAGCCGCCUUAAGAAGUCUUAGGACAUUCUACAGGGGGGUAGCAUGUCUAGGAUAACAUGUCCAGACAUCUCCCUCAUGCUAGCUCUAAAGCACUUUAUUAUCAGUUCAUGGAUAUGAUUUCUCAUCCUUGUUUACAUGUUUAUUUGCACGUCUUACUACUUAAAUAUAUAUUUUGUCUGAAAAGCCAGUUUAGUCCGUUUUCAAAGUUUGAACACUGUUUGCUGUAAGAGAGUAUGUAAUGCCUGUUGAGCCUUUCCUUAAUCAUACUGCUGUUGAAUGACUUCCGGCAGUUUUGAUGUGGCACAAACGUAUUAGUGAAAUUCUAAAAUAGUUGCCACACUCCCAUUGUUGACAUGUGUUUGUGAAGUACAGUCUUGUAGAAUUGCCCCAUUGUUACAGGGCCACCCACCUAUAAGCUGGGUCAUCGCGUUAGGAGACUAGCCUGUCAUCAUCUUUGACUUAUUCAUUAGCUGGCUGUAAGUGUAUAGCAGCACAGUGUGCUAAAGUGAUACAACACUGUAGAGAAACACUAUGAGGAUCUAGCUACUCACUAGUCACUGUGAUUACAUUGUGAUUGUGUAUGUCCACCACCACCAUAUACAGUGCCUUAAAGUAUUCACACCCCUUGAUUUUUUUCCACAUGUUGUUGUGACAAAGUGGGAUUAAGUGGAACAAAAAAUUGAAAAUAAAACGAAUAUGUCUUCAUUAAAUAAGUAUUCAACCCCCUGAGUGAAUGCAUGUUAGAAUCACCUUUCAAUUACAACUGUGAGUCUUUCUGGGUAAGUCUUUAAGAGCUUUCCACACCUGGAUUGUGCAACAUUUGCCCAUUUAUUUUCAGAAUUAUUCAAACUCUGAAUUGGUUGUUGAUCAUUGCUAGACAACCUUUUUUGGGUCUUGCCAUAGAUUUUCAAGUAGAUUUAAGUCAAAACUGUAACUUGGACAUUCGGGAACAUUCACUGUCUUCUUGGUAAGCAACUCCAGUGUAGAUUUGGCCUUGUG